CACGCCUGACUGCUCGGGCGGGGUUUCCUGCUUGCUCCUGUAUCAUGUUUGAGAUGUCUCCUUAACAACCGAUGCGAGAGUCAAACAGGAGAAGUUUUCUUCGGACAAACGUUUGGAGUCGGAAUGGCUGGGACUGGUGAGGGAAAGAAGGAAGAGGCCGACUACAAGAGACUGCACAGCUUCCCUCUCAUCAGACACACAGACAUGCCAGAGGAAAUGAGGGUUGAGACCAUGGAGUUGUGUGUAACAGCCUGUGAAAAAUUUGCUACCAACAAUGAAAGUGCGGCUAAGAUGAUAAAGGAGUCCAUGGAUAAGAAGUUUGGUAGCUCGUGGCACGUGGUGAUUGGCGAGGGCUUCGGCUUUGAGGUCACACAUGAAGUGAAGAACCUGCUCUACAUGUUUUUUGGUGGGAGUCUGGCUGUCUGCGUGUGGAAGUGCUCUUAGCGCCCCCCUCCCGGUCCCUCCGCCCCGCCGACACGCUCGCCACGCUGGAAAUCGACGGCAGCCCGGACGCUGGCUCCGUUUUAUCCACGGCAGAUCAGUUCGUCUGAGCUACUGGCCUCUGUGGCAGAGAAAGGAAGUAUUUGUUCAUAAAUAAAAUACCGAUAGAUGGGAAUUCUCCUUCCAGACUUUGACUGCCACUUUGGUCUGAUACAGAUAAAAAAAAAAGCUUCCUCUCUUUUUUGCCACUGUUCAUCUUUUAUUCUUUUUACCCUUCAUUUAAACCAUCUUCUGUUCUUGAACGUCAUUUUGAAUGCUUGCGAGCUUGCAUGUGCAAGUAAAUAAAAAAAAAAAAUCUACAGCCAGUCAGGGUCUCCAAAGUCCUUUAUCCUUCUUUUUUCUUCAGGGGAGUGCAGUUGUGUGAAUGACUGAUUUCCACCAUGGUGUGUGCUGGACACACAUGUAUUUCACCCCCGACAAACCUUAUAUUGCCAUGUUUCUCAAUAGCUUUGUGCACAUUUUUUUUUUCCGUCCACGUCGUCCAAAACGUUCCACACGUGUCUUUCUCUACAACGGCACUACUUUCAAUACAUUUUGUAAGAUUUUUUUAUGUGUACAUAUUUUAAUGCAACUUGAGAGGCAUCGUUUUAAAGACUGGUGUUUUUCUUACGACUAAGGGCUCAGAAUGUCCUGAGCCAAACAAACACUAAACCUGAUUCACUUUUCCUCCUUGCUGACGUGUGUGUGUGUGUGCGUGUGUGAAAAGCCAGAUUAUUAUAGCAUUGUGAUUGUCUCAUGUUGAUGCCAGUUAUGAUGAUCGAAUGCAAUGGACCAUUAUUUGUGAACCUACUUGAUUGUACAAUAAACUGAAACUUAGAGAAA